CCAUCUUUAGGCCAGACCUAGAGCAAGAAGAAGAAAGCCAAAUUUUAGUUGUAGUUGCUAGCAAAAUUCUAAAUUUUUUUAUUCAAAUUGAAGUUAAAGUGUAAUGGUUUACAAGAAGCAGCGUACUUGAGCGAUGCUGAUGUGCUAAUUCUCAAACGAGUAUCAAGUGAAAGAGCGAGAGUAAAAGAAUGCCUUAAAUUGUGGGCCGUAGCAACGGUUUCAAGUGGGGGAAAUAUAUUAGGGAAACAUUAAAUGCCAAUUAAAAAAGCGCACGCGCGCAUAAUAAUGCAACAUUAGGGCCAAAACGAAAACUUGAACUUUACAUUAAACGGAAACAGCUGCGGGAAAAAGUGAUUAAACGUGACACAGUAACUAGAAAUUGCUUUCGUAGCCUCCGCCUUACAAACCGAAUCGAAGUAUAGCCGAAUACCGAAUCGCAGCAGAACAGAGCGCCACGCCAGAAGGAAAAUUACAUAAAAUUAUUUGAAUUAGGAAACCGAGCGAGCCAUGCGAGCCUCCAUUCUGCCCGGCAUACGUGUGGUUCGCGGACCCAAUUGGAUAUGGUCGAAUCAAGACGACGGAGAAGGUCACGUUGGAACCGUAUGCGAAAUCGGCCGUUGCGGCUCCACACACUCACCAGAGAACACGGUCGUCGUCAAUUGGGAUUCGGGACAUCGCACCAACUACCGUGUGGGCUACCAGAGUCAAUACGAUCUGAUAAUUGUGGAUAAUGCUCAAGUUGGCGUUCGUCAUUCAAAUGUCGUCUGCGAUGGCUGCUCGAAGGCUGGCAUAGCGGGCAUUGUCUUCAAGUGUGCGCAGUGUGCCAAUUACCAUCUGUGUGCCUUUUGCUACGCCGAGGAUCUGCACGAUCUGGAGCAUCCCUUCAUCAGAUAUACCACGCCCAAUUCCCUGGGCGUGCGAGUGCCCACGCGCAAGGGUUCGAAGCGCAUGCAAUUGCGUGGCAUUUUCGUUGGCUCGAAGGUUGUGCGCGGCCCGGACUGGGAGUGGAACGACCAGGACGGCGGCGAGGGCAAGACGGGGCGGGUAAUGGAAAUCCGUGGCUGGGACAACGAAUCCUGUCGCAGUGUGGCCAACGUCUCGUGGGUAACGGGCUCAACGAACGUCUAUCGUCUGGGGCACAAGGGCAACGUCGACCUCAAGUACAUAUCGGCCACGGCCGGCGGCCACUACUACAAGGACCACAUGCCGGUUCUCGGCCAGCCGGAGGAGCAGCAGCCGGUGGCGCCGAUGGUGAAGCCAAGCUUCUCUGUGGGCGACCGUGUCAAGGUUUGCCUCGAGGUGGAUGCCCUCAUGAAGCUGCAGCAGGGACAUGGCGGCUGGAAUCCACGCAUGGUCGAGCAUCUGGCCAAGCUAGGAACAGUCCAUCGGAUCACGGACAAAGGAGAUAUUCGCGUGCAAUAUGAAAACUGUCCCAAUCGCUGGACCUUUCAUCCCGCAGCACUCGUUAAAGUUGUCUCCUUUCGUGUCGGCGAUCUGGUGACCAUCAUCAACGAUGCCAACAAGGUCCAACAGCUGCAGAAGGGACACGGCGAAUGGAUCGAUAUUAUGCGAUAUGCGCUGGGUAAAAUCUGCAAAGUGGUUAAAGUCUACUCGGAUGGCGAUCUGCGCAUUCAGCAGCUGGACGAUGGCUUCGAGUGGACCCUCAAUCCCAAAUGUGUCAAACUGGAGCGUUCGCCAUUGGCCACGGCUGCGGAACGCUCCAACAGCAUGAUGGAUCUAAGCCAUAGGCGUGCCGAUCAUGUGAUGACACCCCUCUCCGGCCUCUCGGGCAGCUCUGUGGCGGAUAAACUAGUGCGGGAGGCGGCUCAGGGGCAUCUGGAGUUUGUGCGCCAAUAUCUGGACAUGAAUCCCGCCCAAGUGGAUGUCAUGAGCGGCGGCAAGGCGUGCAUACAGGUGGCGUCGCAUCAGGGCUACGUCGAGCUGGUCAGCUACCUCAUCUCCAAGGGCGCCAAUGUGAAUGCAGUGGACAAGGAGGGCGAUUCGGCGCUGCAUUACGCCGCCUUUGGAAAUCAGCCGGCCACAAUGCGCGUCCUGCUGCAGCACGGGGCCGAGGUGAAUUUCCUCAACUCGAGCCACUGCUCCGCACUGCACAUUUGUGCGCACAAGAAGACGCCGCACUGUGUGCGCGAACUGUUGCAGCACCAGGCCAAUGUGAACAUUCAGGACUCGUACGGCGACACGGCACUGCACGAUGCCAUUGGCAAGGAGAACACUGAGGUGGUGGAGUUGCUGUGCAAUGCCCCGAACCUGGACUUCACGGUGAAAAACAAUCGCGGCUUCAAUGUGCUGCACCAUGCGGCGCUCAAGGGAAAUGUGGUGGCCGCCCGUCGCAUACUGCAGCUCUCCAGGCAGUUGGUGAAUGUGCGCAAGGAUGAUGGAUUCGCGGCGCUGCAUCUGGCCGCCCUCAAUGGCCAUGCCCAGGUGGUGGAGACGCUUGUCACCGAGGGUCAGGCCGAGCUGGACAUCCGCAACAAUCGACGUCAGACGCCGUUCUUGUUGGCCGUCUCGCAGGGCCAUGCUGGGGUGAUUGAACGCCUCGUGCGGCUGUCGUGCGAUGUGAAUGCCAAGGACGAGGACGGAGACAAUGCCAUGCACUUGUGCGUGAUCAAGAAGUCCAAUCUGCAAUCGGCGGCGGAACCGAAUCCCGAGGAGGCGCCCGAAAUUCACAAAUUCUACAUGAGUCUCGUGCAGACGAGUGUGCGUCCCGAGGAUCGUCUGAUGUACAGCAUACUCAUCUAUCUGUCGCGGGCGGGCUGCCGCGUCGAGCUGAACAAUGCCAAUGCCAGCAUAUUCGAGUGGAUCACCGACCGCAACAUCAGGCAGAUGAUCUUUGGACAGCAGCAGGCACCGGAGGCGGAGUCCUCGAGUGCCGCAGCCUUGCUGCGCUUGCAGGCGCUUGAUAUGUCUGAAGACGAAAUGCCAACGGGAGGCGGAACUGUGAGUGCGGACACAAACGGAGCGGCGCCUGUUCCGCCGCCACCACAGCGUCAGCAUCUCGAUGUAAUGCCAAAGCCCAACGAUAUGGCCGGAGCAACGCCCUCGCCAUCAGUAGCCGUAGCACCAGCCACACCAUCAGCAUCUCCGGGAGUCAAGAAACUCAAUUCGGAUGCCCCAUCAUUGACGGCACCACCGAAUGUUUCGCCACAGGUUGCGCCACGCAAGAAGGCACCCAAGCCGCCAGCUACCUCAAGCAGCAGCAGCAUCAGCACAGUCGCAGCCAUCGGCACAGUAGAGCAGCCAUGUGGUGCGGCUGCUGCUGCUGCUGCAGCUGCCGUCCUGCCGUGCCCUGGUCCUAGUCCGGCGGCCAUGGUAGCAGGUCCCCUGGAGUGCAUCGUGUGCAAUGAGAUCCUGCCCCUGGUGCGCUUCGAGCCGUGCCAGCAUCAAAUCGCCUGCGAGGAGUGCGGGAUUCGCAUGAAGAAAUGUCUCAGAUGCGGUGUGCUCAUCGAGCGUCGCGUCACCUCCAGCGGGCGGGUAGUCUCCCUACAAUCGUCAACAUCAUCGCCCAGCGAUCCAGCGCGUCUUCCCUCGGGCGAUCUGCUGCGGUACUUGGAGAACAAAGUGCAAGAGUUCGAGGAGUCGCACUUCUGUGGCAUUUGCAUGGAGCGCAAGCGAGAUGUCGCAUUUCUAUGCGGUCACGGCGCUUGCUCCCACUGUGCCGAGACUCUCCGCACGUGUCACAUGUGCCGCAAAACGAUACUCAAGAAGAUCAACCUGUACUGAAGCGUGUCCAGGUGGAAUGGACCGUACCGUCAGCAGCAUGAGCAAUUCGCAACCAAAGUGGCUUGUAAAUACAUACACAAACAGAUACAUAGAGAGCAUUUAAAAUUAUACUUAGUGUACGUACGGCCCCCGAUUGAAGUGCAUACAUAUGUAUGCACAUGCUUGCGUGUGGCAGGCGAGGCGUAUGGGCAUUGGUAGGGCUUUAUUUGCAGUAAUGUUAUGUGAGUAACUCGAAGUUAUUAUUUAUUGAAUACCCGACCGAAUUUUACUCGUUCUUAUUUUGUAACGGAUUAUCUAAUGGCAUCGUAUACAUAAAAUAUUGUGCACCCUUCA